CGCGAGGUAGUCGUGUUCUCGGUCAGUCGGCCGAGAGCCGUUGGGAAACUCGAAUCUCGCAUGCGAAUUUCGGUGCUCGCGAUACACGCACGAGGUCUUCGUAAUCAUCAACCAAAAUCACGUCUGUUCUACGCAGAAGAGAAUAGGUAUUUUCACACACCGCAAAAUACGGAGAUUGCUGUAUCAGCAUUAUCGAUAAUGAAAUUUAAACCUGCUCCGAUACUGACUAGGCAGAAUGAGUACUUCGGUCAAAUACCUGGCAGAAUAAUACCUUGAAUUCUCUCGUGUGGAAAAUUGGCACGUGAAAAUGGAGUGUCGUGCAGCCGUGAUUAAUCGCAGGCCAAAGCGAGAAAAGGCCCAGCUCUGAAAGUUUCGCCGAGCGACGGAAUCUCGAAAGAGAGCAUAAACGUGACUCGCCUGAUAACGUGAAUCGAGACCGACGAACUUUGGGCUACUCCAAGCGCAUUUCCAGGAAUAUGCUGGCGUGUUGGUGACAGAGAAAAAUCGAUCCUUAAGUGUCCCCGACUUAUGUUGCACGAUAAAGAGUACAUCUCGGAAUCAUUUGGCAACUCUGUGUAAAUGAAAGUGUAGUGUUAACGGGAAUAUUCUGAAAAUUGAUGUGGUAUUUAAACAAAUCGCAGUCAAUUGAUCACAGCAUAUAAAAUAAUAUAAUAAAUCCAAGCAAUUGAUCAUAUAAUUCAUCAAUAUUCAAUAAGGACAAAUUUCCAUAAUUCUAACUGCAGAGGAUCAGACAAUUUUUCAGACAUUUACAUUCGUAAUAAAAAAUUGUAUGGACUACGCUUACGAAAGUCUAUUAUCGGAAAUUUUAUAUGUAGAACCCUUAAUUAGCUUAUAAUUUUUAUACGAAAUUAGCGUAACGUUAAUACCCACAAAGUCUCUCUCUUUCUCUCUCCCUCUCUCUCUUUCUCUCUUCGAGAUAUUAAAUGUCAAACUACCGAAUGUGUUCGGUGAAGGACUUAGUCUAAGGAGAGUUAGGGUUCAUGAGAAUUACUGUUCGUCGUUCCUUCAACUAGUUCAACGAGGAGAAUACAUGAAGUUAACCAAGCAUGAACAAGAGGAUACCCGGUGCUACGAUUACCCGGAAAAUUUUCGUAGAGCUUGCGUCUCGAGGAUUUCACGCCCUAUAAAUUAAUUCUCAGUUGCAGAACAAAGAAAAAUGUCGGCCGAGGUGAGAGCUGGUCGACCUACCAUGCCGACAAUUCCGCACUCCAAAAGGCCUACGAACUUGGUAUAUCCUACGGUGACCCCAGAGAGCAUAAUAAUACCCAUCGUGUCGUGCAUCCUGGGAUUUCCAUUGCUAGCGUUAAUGGUAAUUUGCUGCCUGCGGAGAAGAGCGAAACUCGCCAGAGAACGGGCUCGACGAAGAAACUGUGAUUUGGAUCAUGGUGCACUAAGCCUCGUUCGUUUCAGUCCAGUUCAUCGUCUGGUAAUGACUACCGUGUUUUUCUCCCUAUAUUUUUUCCCUCGGCUUCCUGAUUGACUGAAUGCACGCAUAUACGUAUACGCGAAUAUUCACCAGCGAGGCCAUGUAAAUAGCUACGUAUAUAUACUAUGUAUCUAGUCAUGUGUACGUGACCAUUGGAAUAAAAUGUAAAGAGACCGAAAGAGGCUCUAAAACAGAUUGAGUGCUAUGCUGAGUAUUCAAACUCCACGUUCAUGAUGAAUAUUUUUUAACAUAAAACUGAUAGACGUAUUUGAACGACCGAUUGUUUAUAUUUAAAAACGCACGCUUAAGAAAUAUUUAAUUAAAUUCGUUAUUGUUUCGCCGUUGUUUUCUUUAGUAUAAAAUAAUUCAGGCAUUAUUAAUUGUGCCACACGCACGCACGCACGCACGCACGCACGCACAUACACACACACACAUGAAAAAAGACAUGUAAAAAAAUUAAAAAACAAACAUUAUUUUUACAUGUAAAUUAAAUGCGUUAAAUCACAUUACAAUAUUAGAAUCUUUUUGAUGAAUCUUAAAAAAUUAAAAAAUCGCACAAAUUGUCAGAAUCACUAAUUAAUAUGAUAUAAUAUAAAGUAAAUCUCAUUCACGCACGCAUGGAAAAUCUCUUGUGACCCAAUAUCGUAAAAAAACGUCGUAAUAUCAACAAGGACCUUAUAUCGUUCUUGAUGAUCCAUUUCCGUGGUGCAAUGUGCUGCAUAAAGUAUGAUGCUCUUGAGCGCCAUUUCUCUUAUACCGCAACAUCUUAUCUGAUUUUACGUGUGCACAUAUUUCUACGCGGUCGGAAACAACCAUCGAAAUAUUACCACGUUAUUGUUCCACUAUUAAAUUCAAAAAUAUUUCCUUUUAAAUCAGAAAGUCUUUUUUAUCCUGCAUCCAACACAUUUUGUUCCCGACGGAUGGAGUUAAAAUAUGACAACGAACAUCGUUAUGAAAGCAUUGCAUUCGCAUCGCUAAUAAACUCUGAAACCGUUCAUUUACAUAUUGUUUGCGAGAACUUGGUAAAUAAUCGUACACUUCGAUAGACAAAUUUAUGCUAUCAUCACUCUAAAUUGCUUACAUCGCAAAGCAUUGCAAAACGUAAUAAUGCUUAAAUUUAAUAUCAUACUAUAUGAAUAAUUUGUAAUCCAGAAUAUAAUAGUUAUAUGUUUCAUAUAUGUUAUAUGAUACAAAACUUAAUGUAGAACGUGUUUUCUAAAUUCUGUGAAUUUUAAUUAAUAUCAAUAAAUAAUUAUUAUUAAAUUGUAUUUACUAUAAAUACGGCAUUAAUUAAAUGAAGUAAUUACUGAAGCAAAAUAGACAUUAAUAAUGUGUUUGAUAUUAUUAGAUAUCCUCGAAACAAGAGAAAAUCAAUAUAAGCGCGCACAUAGUAUAAUCUGAAAUAUUCAUGUUAUAUCAUCUUAAAAUUUCUAAAAAAACGUGAAAAGUAUGAUACGUAAUAAAUAAGUAAUAAAAACUAAAAUCGUGCAACACAUAAAACUCGCGCAAAAUACAGCUUUUCCAAUACACAGACGGAUUUAAAUUGCGAUCCGUUAUCGUGCACCGACUAAUGUAAAAGAAAAAAAAA